AUGACCACUGCUGGUGAAACUGGGGUUCCGGCUAGGCUAGAGGGGAAGUUCAAGGCCAUGGUGUUCUGUUGGGUCCUUGGACUUGGGUCUCUUGUUGCUUGGAACAGCAUGCUGACCAUCGGAGAUUAUUACUAUAAAGUUUUCCCGCAUUACCAUCCUUCAAGAGUGCUUACCAUUGUUUAUCAACCAUUCGCAAUUGGGACGAUGGCUAUCUUAACGUACCAAGAAUCCAAAGUCGAUACAAGGAAGAGGAAUAUAAUUGGAUACAUUCUUUUCACUCUAAGUACACUCUUUCUCUUAGUUUUGGACUUAGCAACUUCAGGGAGGGGAGUUUGGCCUUAUUUCGGUAUAUGUGUGCUCGUUGCCUGCUUUGGAGUGGCCAAUGCUCAUGUUCAGGAUGGUAUGGUCGGUGAUCUGUCUUUCAUGUGUCCUGAAUUCAUGCAGUCGUUUUUUGCUGGAAUAGCUGCAUCAGGAGCUCUAACAUCUGGUAUGAGGCUGAUCACGAAAGCAGCCUUUCACAAGGCUCAUGAUGGACUUUGCAAGGGAGCUAUGUUGUUUAUGGCAAUCUCCACAUUCUUCGAGUUCAUCUGUAUCAUUCUGUAUGCGACUUGGUUUGCUAAGAUUCCAAUUGUGAAGCACUACCGCUCGAAGGCGGCCUCAGAAGGUUCCAAAACUGUCUCAGCUGAUCUUGCUGCCGCUGGAAUCCAAACACAGGUGUCAUAGCAGUGGAACUUUCUCUGUUGUAAUCGAUUGAGCAACAAACAACUAUUGUUUCAGAACAUAGAUUAUGCCAUUGAUCUAUAUCUUAUACAUGUUUUGACACUAACAAUCCUCCCAGGCUUUCUCUAUGAGAAUACCAGAACACACCAGUUGGGAUCAUGGUACGCACUCGUUCUGAUUGCUAUGUACAAUGUAUGGGAUCUCAUAUCUCGGUACAUUCCCCUCAUUGGCUGGCUCAAGUUAGAGUCCCGAAAGGGCCUCUUGAUCGCGAUUGUCGCCCAUUUCUUGCUUGUCCCCACAUUCUACUUCACGGCAAAGUACGGUGAUCAAGGGUGGAUGAUAAUGCUCGUUUCCUUCUUGGGCUUGAGCAAUGGAUAUCUCACUGUCUGUGUUAUGACAGUAGCACCCAAAGGCUACAAGGGACCAGAGCAAAAUGCCUUGGGCAACUUGCUUGUCCUUUUUCUCUUGGGUGGGAUAUUUUCGGGAGUUUCUUUGGGCUGGCAGUGGAUCAUACACAAUGACAAGUUCUAG